CCAGAUAUAUUUAAGUUUCUUUGUCUACUGAUUUAUACUUCUUGGAAAGCGUGGUAUUGAAAUUAUCUAGAAAUCUUCAGAAAUAGUUAACAAUAUCAUUUACGAAAAUACCUGUCAUCACGUGUGUAAUAAUUGUUGGUUACUUUUUUGUACAGUUUGUGGAUAAUUCUGUGUAUCCGUAAUAGUCAUACAGUUCUUGUAUAAACAAUCACAUUAUGGUUAAGAACGUGAAAAGCCAGUCUGAGUUUCAUGUCGCUGUUAAAGAAUAUGGAUAUACAUUGUUAGUUGUCGAUUUCUUUGCCACAUGGUGUGGACCCUGUGUAACCUCUGCACCUAUAUAUGAAAAAUUGUCAUACGAAUACAGUGAUUGUAUCUUUCUCAAAUUGGAUGUAGAUGAAGUUGAGGACGUUUCUUCUGAGUGUGGGAUAACUGCAAUGCCUACAUUUCAGUGUUACAGAGGUGGCCAAAAGAACUUGUCGGACGAAUACAGUAAUUGUAUUUUUCGCAAAGUGGAUGCAGAUGAAGUUGAGGGAAAUUACAAUGAAGUGACGGCUAUGAAUAUGUCAGCCAAACGAAUUUUGGAAAAUAUGAUUUUAGUUCAUUUUUGCUCACCACAUUUGACGGAAUCCGUAAAACAAAUGUCGACAAUAUCCAAUAAAGCUCGCCGCAUUUGACGGUCCAUUAUAAUCCGUACGAACAAUGUCAACAAUAUCCCCGAAAACAGAUCAACUUAAGGAGCUGGUACCUUAUUACAACUAAAAUGGCUGCAGUACGGUUAAAAUUGAUAAAAGGAAAAGUAUCAUAUAACUGCACAUUUAAGUCUACAAAUGUCACGUGUGACAGUUUAUAUGUCAUAAAGAUGUCGAAUUUGACAUAUUUGACCUAAAACUGAUAUUUAAAACACAAAAUUUUACAAGUAAAAUUAGAGCCAAGGCCUUAUCCAUAUGGAUAUUUAAUCCAUCAUAUAAAUACAUUUGAAUAAUACAUUUCUCAUAUAAAAAAAAUUACGACAUUUUAAAGCAAAUAUUACUGUGACUUGACUGUAAGUGUUGCUCUCUACCUAUUGCAACUAUUUACAUCUCCCAUGGAAACUUCCUAACAACGUAUUGUAAUUUCACAUAUGUUUUACUGAAUAUAAGAUGUUUUAAUUCAAAUGAUGUCUGAUUCUUAUGAAUAUAGAAGACUUUUCAAAAGACAAAUUGUAUGAAAGCUUAGUUUGGACAUUUUUAUAGCAAUUCAAAAUUAUUACCCAUCCCCUUUACAAUAAAAUUUGUAUAAAAACUGUUAAACUGAUUUUUCAUAAUAUCAUUGAAUUGGAAUUCAAGUCUUAAAGGAUUGUAAGUAUGCUUCAUUUUAUCACCUUGCACUUUCACGACUUGACUUUGGUUUUCUACAGCAGUUUGUUCAAAUUUCUGAUCAGUUGAACAGUUUGGUUUUAUAAAACAAAUUGCAAUUUGGUCAGAAUUUUAAAUAAGAUGCAAUAUGUGGAGAGCAACACUUGCAGUCAAGUCACAGUAAAGUAUUUAACAGUUUUGUAUCAAAGGUUUAAAACUAAAAUACAAAUAUUUCAGAUAAAAUUCAAAAAUAUCAAUACUGAUAUCGGAUAAAAAUAUGUCUUGUGAACACUUCAAGAAUGCAAUUUGAUAGAUUUAUAAUACUUUGUGUUAUCAUCGAAUUCAUUGGCAAAAAAUGGCAUUAACACUUC